GAGACUCGCCCCCUCGGACACACUGCAUAGAUCCCAGGGGGGUUGCGUCUCUCCAGCAGCCAGGCUCUCUGGGGCCAUGGGGGGCCCUGAGGCAGGACACCGGGUGCCGGUAGCGGCACUGCUGACAAUCCUGGCUUCUGCUCUGCUGAUCCCAGAGACCGUCUCCCUGCGCUGUCACAGCCACAGCUCCGUCCUGCUCCGCGACCGGGGGGGUAAACCCCUCGACAGCAUCAUCACCCCCAAUGGGACCGAGUCCUGCGCCCCGGCCCACAGAGCCUGCAUGGAAGCUGCUGUCACCCUCAGCGCAGGGGGCAUGUCCAUGACUCUGAUCCAAAGGGGGUGCAGAGCUGGACACCCCAAGGGAGGGACCGAACCCCCCACUGCGCCCAGCAGAUUCCUCCACAUCCAGGCCGAUGUCCGCUACUGCCAGUCGGACCAGUGCAAUGCCAAGGGACUGGGGCUGGGGAGCCCCGGGCAAGGCACAGCUCCGGCCCCCAGCGGCCCCACCCAGUGCUACGCCGGCCUGAGCCUCAGCCCCCAGCCCCACACUCUGGAGCAGGUGACGUGCGACGGUGACGACGCCCGCUGUUACCACGGCAACGGCACCCUCACAGCAGGGAAGCUCGUGGUGCCCGUCUUCGUGUGGAGCUGCCAGGCCCCAUCCUGCGCCGUGCCCCCCAGCCGCCACGUCGGACCCCUGCAGCUCAGCCAGGCCGGCACCUGCUGCGCUGGCAGCUACUGCAACAGGCAGAGGGCCCUGGCACAGAUCUUCAUCCACCACAAACUCUCCUCCGUUCCCGUCAGCGACAACCCCCUCGCCUACGCCACGGCCAGGAAAGACCACAGACAGCCCUGGCGCAGCCAUGGCACGGCGCCCACGGAGCCACACGACCCAGACAACCACACAGAGACCGGCUAUCCGGACCAAGACAUCACCAGCUACUACGACCACACAGAGACAGACUAUCCGGACCGAGACAUCACCAGCUACUACGACCACACAGAGACAGACUAUCCGGACCGAGACCUCAACGGCUACAACAGCACGGAGCUACCCAACCCCCGCUACAAGGGGGACCUGCCCCACGGCACCCGCCCCCGCUCCCACCCCACCGAGCCCGGCAAGAAAAUCAGCUACCCCAAAUCCACCGUCCGCCCCAUCCAGAAGCACCCCAAUCCCAGGCCCCACAGCUCCCAGGCGCCCGCCCUACGCCUCUGCCCCCUGCUGGUGGUGCUGGGAAUAGCCUGCCUGGGGCUGUGAUGGGGGGCUGGGGGCCAGGAUGCCUGGGUUCUAUCCCCAGCUCUGGGAGGGGAGUGGGGUCUAGUGGGUUGGAGCAGGGGGCUGGGAGUCAGGACUCAUGGGGUGUCUCCUCAAUUCUUAGUAGCUAUGAGGAAAUUACUCCCCGCCCCGCCACAUUACCUGCCUCAGUUUCCCCACAUUUAAAGGGAGGGCUCCCAGAGAUGGGGGGGGGUUACGCCCCAUUUCCCUGAAUUGCUGUUGCUGCUGCUUUCAGUCCCCAUUAACCCUUUGUGGGGCCCCUGCCCUGCGCUUCCCCCCUCACACACACCCCUAUCCUGUUUUUAAUAAAGUCUCUUACUCACAAACCCUU